UGGCCAUGGCGCUGGUGCCGGCCCUGGCCGGCCUCCUGGCGCACGGACGGCCGCGGGCGCUGCUGCCCCCGGCGCUGGUGCUGGCCCCGGCAGGGGCGCUGGAGUUCUGGGACGACUUCUGGGACUACGUGCCUGAUCGGCGCCGCAGGGCGGCGAAGCAGGCCAACGCCAGCAGGACGGACAGAAAGCAGAAGGCCAACCUCAGCAUGGCGAACGAGAGCUCCUGCGGCGCCAACUCCAGCAACGUGACGAACGGGUCGGUCGGCCCGCCCGACGACGCGGGCCCGACUGACAACAUUGGCGACGGGGAUGGCUACGACGACAGCAACGACGAGUUCCCCGGCGUCUUCAUCCUCGGGCACCGCUUCGUGGCCUCCUUCUUUGUCGUCGUGGAGGCCCCACUGGACGAAGGCGCGUGCUGCCGCAAGGGCCAGCGUACUAUACCUGUGACGACGGCCGACCAGAUCAACCGCGACCCGCAGCAGGUUCAGCUCUACGGCCCGGGUCUGGAGAAGGAGCCACCGACGAACUUCUACCGUGACCUGAAGACCGCCCUCCGCGCGGGCAACCCUCGCCACGUGGUCUUCUCCGUGGACGGCCAGGCGGCACGCGUCCCGCUCAAGUGGAGUGACGCGCGGACGAACGCCCACGGCCUGAUCAUCGACUACGACACCGUCUACGGGGCCACCUCACGGCGACUGAGGAAGGACUUGGAGAGGGCGGCCACCAAGAGGCUCCACCUCUGCCGCAAGGUGGGCCCCUGCCAGGAGUGCGAACCGCUGAAGGCCCACCUGCAGUCCUACGCGGUGGUCGCGGCCGACGCGGUGGUCGACCUCGACGACCUCGCCGAGCACACUCCGCUCGGCUGGUGCUGCGUCCGCACUUCGCGGGGCAUCCGCGGGAUCCCAGGCUGCGCCUGGGGCCUCAUCCGAGGCGCCGGUGGCCUCUGCUGCCUCCCCUGCUGCUGCUGCCCGCGCCGCAGGCGCAAGCCCACGACGCCCGCGGAGGAGGGCCCCAGGCCGCGCGACGAGUCGGACACCGAGGACGAGGGCAUCCCCUGCAUGGCCCAUCGGGUGGGCUGGCGGCACGCCGAGACGGGCCGGGUCACGCUGCUGGCCCCGCGGGUGCAGUGUGGCGACAAGGCGCUCGAGGAGAACACCACGCUCCUCACCGACGACGCCCGCGUCAGCCCCCUGACCGCCGGGACGCAGCAGGAGCAGGCCCCCCUCUGUGCCCACCACGCUGCUUUGUACCAGGGGAUGCGGCGUGCGCAAGGCUGCGCCAAGGCCAAGUGCAACUCCCUGGGCUACGCACGGCGCGACGGCAUCAUGCUGUGCAAGCCGCACUACGACGAGAGCCAGCAGGAGAAGCGCCGGGAGGCGCAGGCCCUCCAGGCCCCCCGGGGGGGCGGGAGCCAGUCGAACCCCCGGCUCUCCAUCGCCGAGCUCGUCUCCCGCCUCGACGGCGCCGACGGGGCCCCCACCAGCGCGGUGCCCUCUCCGCCGAGCGGGAUGGAGUGCCUGCGGGAGUACCUCCGCGACCGCGAGCUCCACCCCGAAGAGGGAGACGCCGGCGCCCAGGAGAGGCUCCUCAACCGGUACGACUGGGACCAGACCCAGGACGUGCUGAAGGUGCUGCUGCGAGGUGCUGAGGAGUACGAACGAGAUGGGGGGCGCGGUCUGCGCGCGCUCGAGGGCGAGUGGCGCAGCCAGCUCCGCCGACUGCGCGACGGCUACCAGGAGGAGGUGCGCCCCACCUUGGCUCCGCCCGCACCGCAGGCCCCCCCGGGCCUCACAGCGAGCAUCGCCCACCCCUUCGGUGGCGGCGCCCCCACCUGGGGCGUAGGCCCCGCGCCUGCGACGAGCCCUGCAACCCCACGGCCCCUGCUGCCGCCUGGCGCCCCCGCCGCCUCUGCGCCGCUGCCCUCUCUGGUCGGGCGUGGCCGGACCGACCUCUACCACAACCUGGUGGGCCCCAUCCUGGCCGACGGGACGCGGCGCGCCCCCCCGGGCGAGCGACGCGCUGGGGUCGGAGGGGAGAUCGGCCCCACCGGCGACAGCGAGAUGGCAGCCGCCCUCAAGGACAUCGGUCUCGGCAUCGAGAGCCUCGUCAAGCACAACAGUGAAUCCAAGAGCUCCAAGGGCACGCCGCAGGGCUUAGGACGAGAGGAGACGGCCCUCGUCUUCCUCGCGCGGGCCUGCAACCGCUUCAACGUCCAAGUCUGCCCCUCCUACACAGGCACGUCCCUCUACCAUGCCAUCAAGGAGGCCUUCGUCACAUCGAAGGGCGAGCUCUCGGGCCUCGGUUGGCCCACCUGCGUCACGUCACGCCUCGCCCUCGGACUCGCAGGCCUGUACUUCGGCGCGCGGGACCAGCACUCACUUCUACCGCACUACUUGAGCGUGGCGGACUUCCCGAAGCACUCCCAGGAGGAGCACGACAACCACGUAGUCCCCCAGGACGACCGCCUCGAGGCCCGCCCCCGGGCUCCCGCUACGCUGGCCCAGUGGGUGAAGCAGGCGCAGAACCACGCCAGAUGCUUCGCGCUGAUCUACGGUUGGGAGCACUACCAGGAACGAGCCGACGCCAUCGAGAAGCUGGAGAAGCUGGCCGAGGAGGACUCCGACGUCUUUCCCCGCGAGCGCAUCUACGGCUGGUUCGAGGAGCUCAACUGGCGCUGGCGCGAGGAUCUCAAGGACGUAUACCGCCAGCUCCUUCGGAUAUCGGGCAAGGAGUGGCUACGCAAGGAGCAGAUCGAGUUCAUGGCCCUCACGCCCGACAGUGACGGCAACCCUCUCCUGCGCAUGCCGACUUGUUUCAAGCUCGACCUGGAGGACGCCUGGUUCAGGAAGACCAUCCUGCCACACCUGGAGCGGCAGCACAGCCGGACACUCUGGCGUCUCACGCACAAGGCCCUGAAGGCACCAGGAGAUGCUCGAGGCGCAGGUGCCGAACCAGGAGCCGAGGGGAGCCCCCGCAGGGCCUACCCCGCGGGCAAGCGCCUGCCGCCCCGGGAGGCCGCCGAGUCGGUCACCCACGCACCCAUCGAUGAGAUAGCCAAGAAGCCCUACUGCUGGGGCGCGGCCACGCACUGUGGCUGCCAGCGGACAGCCGCCGAGUGCGGCCACUCGCAUCGCCCAUUCAAGGGCACCCUCCAGCAGCAGCAUUGGACAGUGCAGGCCCAGCUGAUACGCCGCGGGGGCUUGAAGGGUGACAAGCCCAUCCCCCCUACCGAGGUCGACGGCCGCAUCAAGCAGCUUCGGGAAGCCGCUCACGAGGAGGCAGCCCAGAAGGUCCGUGAAGGGGUGGCCCGCCGAGGGCAGGCAGGCCGCGGCGCCGGCGACGCCUCAGGGGCCCCCCCGCGGAGCAUCAGGUGGGCUCCCCCGGAGGAGCUCGUCAGCUUCGCCCCCACAGCAGCCGAGAACGAGCUCACGAAGACCUUGCGCGGCCCGGACUACGACUGGGAGCGCGACGUCGACCCCCCCGGGCCUGACACCGCGAGAGCCGUCGAGGACACCACCGCCGAGUCCCCCGAGGACGUUGGAAGAAGGCGCGAGCAGAUCGCGAAGAUCGCCUCGCUCCCCGAGGUAGGUCCGCUCGAGCAGUGCAGCCAUCACCUCCAGUCCUACGUCAAGGGGCGCCUCCUCCACAGCUCGCUCAGGGGCGAGGACAUCACUGUCGAAGGCGUGCUGGACGAGCUUGUCCGCGGAGGCCCCGCCGCGCUCGCCGAGGAGGCGGGCGACUACCUGGAUCAGCUCCGGCGCGCAGGGGGGGGCCACCUUGGACCCGGCUCGGGCUACGCCGAGGUUCUGCAGCCCAUCUGGCCCGCGGACGGGGGCUGCGGGAUCGGCAAGCUCCUCGUGGCCGGCCUCGAGCUGGAGACGGCAGACUACCGCGACUCCAUCCACGUGUCGCCCGGCCUCGGCGAGGCCCUCCAGCUCGGCGACCAGGAGCUGGAGGAGCGCCAGUGCAUGGUCAUCCACAUCGCAGCCGGCCUCCUCGACAUCGAGGCCACGAGAGGGGACGCCCAGGCGCCCGACGCCGCCUGGCCCCCUCCCACCACGGACACGCUUGCUCUCGCAGCCGACCUGAGGGAGGAGCUCUGGGCAGGGGCCUCCGAGGCCACCCGCGCCCUGGGCGAGACCCCAGAGAAGCUUGACAGAGCCGAACGUGAGGUGCGGGGCUACAUACACGACGUACUCCACCCUCAUCAUAAUAAGGACUACCGUUCGCUUUGUGCGUUCCCGCUCGAGCCCCUCAGCAACGUGGUCCUCAAUUUCAUUCGGGUCGACUCCCUGGGGCGCGUCAACUUCGAGAGCGUGUCAGGAGCAGCGGCCAGCCCAGAGUCACCGCACUGCUGGUUGCUCAUCCACCGACGGCACAUGCGGCUCAUCAAGCUCGGGCCCGACAUCGACCGAGCCACACUGUUGGCGGACUUUGCCCAGCAUGCCAGCACCUGGGGGGGCAGCCCGCCGACCGACUACGUGGCCAUGGGCUGGGAGGUUCUCCUCGACCAGGCGAAAGAGUGGGCGCCCGAAGCGUUCACCCCCCAGCCCAGGACCUGCCUUUGCUGCAAGUACAUCAAGAACAGGCAAGGAGACGGAGCACGUGUCGCCGGGGACGUGGCCCCCCUGGAGCCCCUCAACGACGACUACACCUUCCUGACGAUCGCCGGCUGGGGCCUCCAGGCUUGGAGCCCCUACUGCAGAAAGGAGCACCCUAUCCCCGAGUCCGUCACCGUCCCGGGGGACAAGCUCAUCGCCCAGGAGAUCAUGGCGGGCACUGGGCGGUGGACUCAGGCCUGGAGGUCCCGCGGCCUGGAGGCCAGGGAUCCCAUCGAGUACUACGAGGAUCCUCUGAGGAAGCAGGGGCCCCGCGAGGACCACAACGUGCUCCUCAAGCCGGUGCAGGACCGCCUCCUCGAGGACAUCAGCAGGGGCGACGUGAACGUCAUCGGUCUCGAGCCCGUGUGCACCAGCUUCUGCUCUUGGAUGCGUUGCAAUGGCGGGGCGCGUACCAUGGCCCAGCCAGAAGGCGUCGAGCCCCUCCUCGCCUCCGAAGUCACAGGCAACACAAUAGCGGAGUUCUCGGCGCGAGCUUUCAAGAAGGCUCUCGACAUGCAAAAGUUCGCUUGGGCCGAGAACCCAGCCCCCGACGGGAUCUAUCCCUCUAUCUGGGAUACCAAGUGGUGGAGACCGCUCCUCGACCGCAAGGACGUGAUGAUUAUCCCCUUUGAUUUCUGCGAGCACGGCCACGGCCCCGAGGACGACCCCACGGCGCGCUACCGCAAGCGCACGUGGAUCGUCGCCCGUGCCUCGCAGCAGUUUGCGCGCUGGAUUGCCAAGCGGCGCUGCGGGCAGCAUCGCCACGUGUCGCUGGAAGGCCAUGCUCCAGGUUCGGCUAUCCGGCGCUGCCGCACCUCACAGGUCUACCCCUGGCCGUUCGUCGAGAACCUCACCCAGGGCAUCCUGGCGGGCGUCUUACCAGGAGGCCUGCGCACCUCAGGGUGCGAGACUACCGAUGUGCUGGACGGUGGGGAGGCCCCCCCCCUUGCUUCAAUUUCGGCGAGCUCAUUGGAUUUGCAAGGAGGGAUGGCACAGGAACCGAGGCCGCCCGACGACAGCGCGAGGCGCGUGGGCGACUCGGGGGAGGCCAGGGCGCUGAUCAGGCGCUUCGCCCUCGCCUACGUCGCCUAUGCCAAGGCCCAGCCGACAGGCACGGUGGACGCCUGGAGGGGAGCCGCCGCUCGUGGCGAGGCACUGGUGGAGCUGGCGGACAGCGUGGAGGAGGGCGCCCGCGCCCUCUUCAAGGCUAGGAGCGACCUGGGCCUGGACAACCUGAAGGGCAUUUUCGACUCGGACCUGGACCGCCACCUGGCCCCGGACGCGCUGCUGCACUUGCGGGACCAGGCCGGGCACGGCGUGGCCGCGAGGGACACGGGCAUCAAGGUGAGAGAGGAGUGCAAGCCACAUCAGAGCGCAGCUGACGUCUUGGACCAGUGCUACGAGGGCUCCUGGAAAGACGUCCACGCCGCCCGUGUCCUCGUCCUCCCCAGGCGCCGACGCGACCUCCUACAGGGGGUCCGCUCCUCACCGCAGGGAGCGGUCCCCAAGCAGAACCCCGAUAGGACGCUCUCCCUGGAGAAGAGGCUCAUCCACGACCAGAGGCGCGUCAACGAGACCACGGACAAAACAGGGCACCCUCCCGCGGCACAACCGUUCCAUCGACAGCUCGCCAGGUUGAUCGUCUGGUGGUCAGUGGUGCUACCGCGUAUCCCCAUACUCCUAUCGAAGCUGGACGUCAAGGGAGCCUUCAAGCUGCUCUGGGUCGACCCCCAGGACGUCGGCACCUUCGCCACCGACCUCCCUUGGCACCCGGAGGCCUGCUCAGCGCCCAGGGACCCUGAGGAGGCCCCCGCACCGCAGACGACCGACCCGGACACGCAGCUCGACCAGCAGGUGCAGCUUUGCCUGGAUAGGGGCCUCACCGAGGGCCUCACGCUCAUCUCACUGGUUCUCACCUUCGGCUGGGCUGGAAGCCCAGGCGAGUGGACACCUUGGGGCGACAGCGUCGCAGCGGUCCACAGCCAGCAUGCGCCGGGGAUCCCGGCUUGGGAGGGGCCCUUCAAGUUCCAGUCGUACAUUCUCAUGGACGACCUCGUCUUGGUCGAGCCCGCCCUUGGCAUGCGCCCCUGGACGUCCAGAUCGCUGGCCGAGAAAACCAUCGAGAAGCUGCUGGGCCCAGCCGCCGUCAACCAAGACAAGAAGCACCAGGAAGGCUACUUCUCGACGAACAAGAUCGCUUGGGGACUGGAGUACCGCACCGACGAGAUGCAGGUGGCCAUCCCCGAGCCGCGGCUAUGGAAGGGUGCCUACCUACUUAGCGACACGUGCUACGACAGCGGCUACAAGGGCGCGAGGCUCCGCGACAUGCAGGUGUUGAGAGGCACGGGCACCAGCUGGAUGGCGGCCAUGCCGGCUCUGGCGACCGAGCUGAGAGCAGUGGACGCCUUCCUUACACCACAGGCCGACGGGAUUCUGAGGCCCAAGGUCGAGCCGGGGGCGGAGGAAGCAGCAUGGCAGGACCUGUGGGACACUUGCGAGCUACUACGACUCCUCCUCGCCCGGCCCGAGGUAUGGGGCGAGCGCUUCACCGUCUCCAUGUACACUCUCCUGGACGUGCGCGAGCGCCUCGCGCUGCCCGGCGAAGCAGCCAAGGUCGUCUGGGUCACCACCGACGCCACCACGUCCGUUGCCUUCGGCGCCGACUGGACCGAGAAGAUCUACCUGCGGCAGGACCUCAAGGACUACAAGGGCAUGCUCGGCGAGGCCCUCGGCGACUCCGACGACAGCACGGUCGAGAUCGCUCUCGGCGAGGCCAUGGCUUACAUCGUCCUAGCCGGGCGUCAGGGACCAUCGUGGAGCGGACGCAUCGUGCUCCUGGCAACGGACAACAUGGCAUUCACGAACUGGCUCAAGAAACGACACCCUCGACCUCGACUCGUACGCCACCUUUUUAGGAUUCUGCACUACCUUGAGUGCAAGUACAACUUCAUGACGAUCGGCCAUUUCUUCCGUACCUACCACAACGUCACGGCGGACUUCGGCUCCAGGGCCAGCCAGGAGGAGGUCAAGCGCCGCAUGGACGAGCUGGGCCUCUCGAGCGUCGACGCGGCGCAUGAGUGGGCGGACCUCGUCGCUAACGGAGUUCGCCGCAGGGUGCUCCGCUUGCUUGGCGGCGACGCCGAAGACGGCCGGAUCGCCCUCCAGCUCCGUGAGGCCCGCCUGAAGAGGAGGUUCAGAGAGGUCCCCCUCGCCACGGCCCCGGGGAGGGCCCUCGAGUGGGGCCUAGGAGCAGGUUUCUUCUCCAAGAUCUGGACGGGCCUGGGGGGCACGGCGCACACCGCGCCCAUCGGCGAGGACCCAGACCCCAGCGCGGGCCCCGUCUGGGCGAUCCUGGCGACGCUGGGCCCAGACCCCACGGGGCGCAGCGCCUGCAAGGCGGCCAGGCAGGCCGCCCGCCUGGGCGCCCAGCGGAUCGCCCUCGACGCCCCGCGGCAGCUGCCUCUGGGCGAGGACCUCCUCGCGACCGAGGUCGGGGAGCUGGUGGCGCGCCGUCGUGCCCUCCUGCUGGGCACGAGGCACGUGGGCGACGAGCAGCAGGCAUGGACGUUCGACACCCUCGACCUCAGGCGCCCGAUCGCGCCCGCGGUUGGCCCCGUGCUGCAGCCCCCGAGCGCACUGCCGCCCGACGCAUGGCUGCUCCACGCCCGCUUCGAGGCCGACCCCCGCAUGCGGAGAGCGGAGGACCGGCUCCUCCCAGUGGGCGUCGGCCACCUCUGGACGGACAAGGGACGCGAGGUGGUCUACAGCACGGGCGGACCCCUCCCGACCAUCCAGGCCGACUGGACGACACACCCACCGCCCCUGAUCCGGGAUUUCAAGGGCCCGGGGCACGGGGUCAGGCGCGUCACGCUGGAGGAGAGCUGGCUCGCCGUGGGUGGCACCCUAGAGGACUUCCCCACGCCCCAGGACGACGCCACGGCCGCACAUGUCACGAGGCUCAUCGCGGGCGACACGGGGGCCCGACUCGCCGGAGCCGUCGCCCUCUGGGCGGGAGCUGCAUUUGACUGGGAAGCGAGUGCAGGCGCUUGCCUCGACCUCGACGCGCAGGCCAAGGAGCGUGGCAUGCGCGAAUGGCUCGCACGCUGGAGGCAGGGUCUACUGCCCGGGCGCCCGCCACCGGCCCCCCUCCCGCACGCCGCGCCGGGGCUACCGCCAGCACACCCCGGAGAGCCUGGCCGCCACGCAGGCGGCAGCACCCCGGGAGAGGGGGCCGACUGCCGCCCCCCGACGCGCUGCGCCAUCUUCCGCCCGGCUGACGGGGGUAUCGACGCACGCGCGGCGGCUCUCGCAGCGGGCCUCGUCUGGCAGGACAUGGGCGGCACCCAGGACGAGCACGACGCCGCUCGCGCCGCCGGGGCGUCGGCACUGCCCGAGAUCGCCAGGCCCCCUCGCAAGCAGAAGAUGCCCCAGCUGGGACUUGUCUCCAUUUCGGCCCCCGAGCACCUCGUCGACCUGGCGCCGGACGUCCCGGUGUUCGCAGAGGUCCAGGAGUGGGUCCACAAGAAGUUGGCCAGCGGGCUGGCGCACAGCACCCGCACCAGCUACGGCGAGGCCUGGUCCAAGUGGCUCUGGUGGUGCACCCGCAGGGGUAUCCCGCCGCUGUUCGAGGGCGACUCCAAGAGGCAGGUGACCGAGGACGAGGAGGAGCUCCUGCGCUUCAUCGGCUACCUGGGCUGGCUGGGCAAGGGCAACGGCACCAUCCUCAGCACCCUCUUUGCACUCCAGGGCGGCCACGUGCGGGCAGGAGGCGGCGACCCUCUCGUCGGGAAGAAGCGCAUCAAGAGAGAAGUGGGCGAGGCGGAGCGCAGGGUGCCUCCGUCUAGGGUCGGGUCUUUCACCGCCCUUCGUAAGGCUCCCCUUGAGAAAGAAGAGAGCUCGCAGCCCACGCCGACCCACCCGCCCUAA